AUGACUCAAACAUCCUCCGAAGUGGCCACGCCUAAUCAAUUUCAACAAUUUAUCACCGGGUGUGGGGACGAUCCGAAAAGGAUUCAAGGCGCCUAUGAAACACAUCGAUCUAAUCGUAAUGCGCAGUUCAAGGAAAUACUACUCAUUCCCGGUUUCCGCGAAUGGAAAUUCGAUGAGGUCCUCGAGAAGAUUUUAGAGGCAGAUCAGGGCAUCGCCCAGUACAAGGACACAAGAAACAAUCUCUCCUUCUGGGCGCGACCACCUAAGCAUAUUCGCAAGCUGGUCUAUGAUAUCCAGCAGGAGAUCGCAUCUGUAGCUGGACCAUCCCUUUGGCUUACUCCCCAAGAACAUCUCCAUCUGACAACAUGUGAGAUGGUUUCAGCAUCAUCAGCAGUCAAGGUGGAUGAAGUAGUUGAAACCCUCCAACGAACACUUCCUCUCGAAACCAUUGUUGAUUAUACUCUUACACACAGCCCGCGGCUUGGUCGCCCGGUUGUUAGUUACGACUCGACGGCUUUCGCUCUGAGCUUUGUUCCUGCCGCUGAAGAUGAUCAUGAUACGUACUCCUAUCAUCAUCUACGUCGGGAUCUCUGGGAUAUCGCCUCUAAGUCUGGAUGUCAAUUCGCGUCCAGAUACAAUGUUCCUUCAGCCCACAUAACUAUUGCCCGGUUCGCUGUUCCACCAGGGGAAGAUAAAUCAAAAGAACUUGAUGGUUUAUGUUCCAAGGCAAACGCGAUUGUUAAUACAAUCGAAGGGAUUAACCAAGAGUUGAGAUCAACUGAAUGGAAGCGAUUUGGAAGCCCCACGCGGGGUGAGUGGGUGGUGGGACAGGAGCGAGGGCUUGAACUGAACAAAGGCCGAUCAUGGUAUGGCAAGGGAGAUGCUGUACUGAUUGGGAAUGGAUUUUAG